AUGGCUCGCUCGGUGAUGUCGCGCGCCGUCGUGGUGCGCGAGAAGUUCUAUUGGCCGGAUGCGCAGCUCAACUUCUGGACCAUCAUGAUGCUGGCGACGGCCGGCACGCUGAUCGGUAUCAAUGCCAUGUUCAUCACCAUUCAGCAGAGAUUUCGCGUGGGCAUUCCUUGGCUCUUCCCUUUCGGCAUCACAGUCGGCAGCUUGACCGUCGUGUUCAUCGGCAUCGAGAUCGCCCUCAUCGCGAAUCGCCGCCUGAUGCCAGGAGUCAUGAUGAUCGGCAGCUUCAUCCUGUUCGUCUUGUUCCUCACCGGCAUCAUCGAAACUGGCAUCCAAUUCUUCGGGUCUGGGUCGGAUGUCAACGGCGUGUGCCAGCGGUACGUAAACAACAACGAACAAUUCGGUCCCAGCGUCAACACUCUGGCUUGGCUGGAACAAAAUAGCAUCUGUCAGCAAUGGCAGGCUAUGUUCGCUUUCUGGAUCAUCGGGACCGUUUUCUGGAUCUGGAUGAUGGUCAUGGCGUCCAUGGUCAACCAGAACCAGUACGAAUACUGA